AUGUGUUCACGAUGCGGACCUCAUCCGUAUCCAACUCGAGCAACCUCAGGAUAUUCUCUGCGACAAUGAAGCCGCUGAUAUACGUGAUUAUUACAUACUUGGAAACAAAAUAGGCGAGGGGGCCUAUGGACAGGUACGGGCCGUAGUUGCUAAUGAAGUUAGUGUGCUGCGGAAGCUCAACCAUCCGAAUGUAUGCAAACCGCGGGAAUUCUUCCAAGAUGAAUACUUCUACUAUCAAGUCAUGCAAAUGUACGGACCACCAGUUUUAGCUGGCCUCAACGCGAAAUUCGCCUCCAAGGAACAGUUCCAUAGCUCACCAGAACCUCUUAUCCAUGCACGGUUGCCGGAAUACCGCAUUGCUGAGCUCAUCAGAUCCGCGUUGGAAGCAUGCGCAUAUAUACACAGUCAGGGCGUAGUUCAUCGAGAUAUCAAAGGUGACAACUUCCUUUUCGAGACCACCGACAUCGAUAAUGGGGAGCUCGUCAUGAUCGACUUCGGCUUAGCGAUCGAGCGUAAGAGCGCCCAACUCGUCACCACUAGCAUCACUCCCUGUAGAUGGGUUGCACCUGAGAUGCUCAAGGAAGGCUACAACAGUGGAUCGGUUGACGUUUGGGCGGUCGGUAUCCUCUUGUACAUUCUAGUUUACGGUCAAUACCCGUUCGACGGCAGAGUUGUCCAAAACGUUCUACGGAGCAUUCUUUAC